AUGGAGGUCAAGGAUUUAGAUCACGACUGCUUCUUGGUUAAGCUGAACAAUGAACAAGACUAUUUCAGGGCGCUUACUGACGGACCGUGGGUUAUAUUCGAUCACUAUUUGGUGGUUCAACAGUGGUCGCCGAAAUUUAAGGCCUCCGAUCCUCUGCCGAAGACAAUGAUUGUCUAG